AUGGGUCGAAUUCGAUCCCUUUUCUGGGGUGGGUUUGUUUUCUUUCUUCUUUUUUCAGUAGGCAAGACAGAAAAAGAAGAUGUAAUAGAUGCAUUAGUCACUUUCAUGGAGAACCUUGAUCCUAAGGACAUGCAAAACACCACGAAUUGGGGAUGGAAUAGAUCGUCAGAUCCUUGUACCACUAAAUGGCAAGGGGUUACAUGUGACACAGGCAACCAAACCGUGCAGAAGAUCGUUCUUGAGCAGCUGAAUCUAUCAGGAACCCUUGAUUUUGAAUCCGUUUGCGAAGAAACUUCCCUUCUUUCACUGAGCCUGAAAUACAACAAUCUUAGUGGAAGCUUGCCGCCGGAGAUAUCAAACUGCAAAAGGCUGAGGCACUUGUACCUAAGUGGGAAUCGCUUUUCAGGUAAUCUUCCCGAUUCUCUUACGGAUUUGGCCAAUUUGAAAAGGAUUGAUAUAUCCAACAAUGAGUUCAGUGGUAAGUUGCCAGAUAUGUCAAGAAUCACAGGCUUAUUAAGCUUUUUCGCCCAGAACAAUCAUUUUACUGGGCAGCUACCAAACUUCAAUUAUCGCCAACUUGAAGAUUUUGAUGUCUCCAAUAAUGGUUUUAGUGGUCGAAUUCCCGAUGACACUGGUGGUUUUGGUGCCAAAAGUUUUGCCGGUAAUCCUCAGUUGUGUGGGAAAGAGUUGCCGAAUGCAUGCCCAAAGAAAAAGAAGAAAAACUUGAAUGAUUUUCUUAUUUUUUCCGGUUAUGCAAUUCUUGGUUUGAUAGUUCUGGUUCUGAUUGCUCUCUUAUUCCUCAAGAAAAAAGAGAGGCUUGAAGAUGCCAAGAUUGGUUCCUCUAAGAAGGGAGUUAAGAACACCGAUGAUAGUGGUCAUUCAAGUGAGUCCAAGAAUGGUGUCACCAGGUCUGAAUUCUCAAUAACGUCGGCUGAAAAUGGUGGGGUUUCAGCUUCUCUUGUUGUUCUUUCGAGUCCAUUGGAAGCGGUUAACGGGCUGAGAUUUGAAGAUCUGCUUAGAGCUCCAGCUGAAUUGAUUGGAAGGGGAAAACAUGGAAGCCUCUAUAAAGUCAUUCCAAAUGGUGGGAUUGCUCUUGUCGUUAAAAGGAUAAAAGAUUGGGAGAUAUCGAGAGAUGAGUUCAAGAAAAGAAUGCAGAGAAUAGACCAAGUGAAGCACCCUAAAGUGCUCCCAGUGGUUGCAUAUUACUGUUCUAAACAAGAAAAGCUGCUGGUUUAUGAGUUCCAGCAGAAUGGCAGUCUUCUUGCGCUUCUCCAUGGAUCACAAAAUGGACAAACUUUUGACUGGGGAAGUCGACUCAACAUCGCAUGUAGCAUCGCGGAGGCACUGGCGUUCAUGCACGCAGAGCUUCAAGACGACCAGCUGGCUCAUGGAAACUUAAAAUCAUCAAACAUCUUGCUUACAAAGGACAUGGAGGCUUGCAUGAGCGAGUAUGGUUUAAUGGUGGUUGACAACGGUUGUGGUUCACACUCACAGAAGAACAACAGCGUCUUCAAUGCAGAUGUGUAUGCCUUUGGUGUGAUUCUCUUGGAGUUGCUGACAGGGAAGACGGUCCAGAACAACGGGCUCGAUCUGGUAAAGUGGGUUAACUCAGUGGUGAAGGAAGAGUGGACGGGUGAGGUGGUGGACAAGGCAUUGGUGGUGGAAGGUGCGAGUGAAGAGAGGAUGGUGGGUCUGUUGCAGAUAGGUUUGAAGUGCAUAAAUGGUUCACCACCCAUUGGUCAAGUGGCAACCAUGAUAGUUUCCUUGAAGGAAGAAGAAGAAAGAUCCAUGGCUUCUUCUGGUCCAUGA